CAAACCCCCGCCACAGAACACGGCGCGGAGGAAGAGGAGGCCAAUGGAGAGUGAUGGAGGCCAGACGGUUGCUCUUUUAGAUCGCUCAGGUGGCGAUCCGGACGAGGAGGAUCAGGAGGUCGCCGGACUGGCGAAGCGGAGUUGGAUUGAGUCGAAGAAUCUGUGGCAGAUCGUCGGACCGGCCAUCUUCGGGAGGGUCGCCCUUUACAGCACGAACGUCAUCACGCAGGCCUUCGCUGGCCACCUCGGCGAACUCGAGCUCGCCUCCAUCUCCAUCGCCAACACCGUCAUCCUCGGCUUUAACUUCGGUCUGAUGCUGGGCAUGGCGAGCGCCAUGGAGACGCUGUGCGGCCAAGCCUACGGCGCGAGGAAGUUCCACAUGCUCGGCAUCUACCUGCAGCGGUCCUGGAUCGUGCUCUUCCUCUGCGCCGUCCUCCUCCUUCCGAUGUACUUGUUCGCCACGCAAGCGCUCCUCCUGACCGGCCAGCCUCCGGACCUGGCGGCGCAGGCCGGCGCGGUGUCCAUCCUGUUCAUCCCCACCCACUUCUGCUUCGUCUUCAUUAUGCCGCUCGCUCGAUUCCUCCAGUGCCAGCUCAAGAACAACGUCAACGCCGUCUUCUCCUUCGCCGCGCUCCUCGUCCAUCUCUUCAUCACCUGGCUUUUCGUCGCCAGGCUCAAGUUCGGCCUCGUCGGCACCGCGCUCGCGCUCAAUUUCUCGUGGUUGACCACCGCCGCCAUGCAGUUCGCCUACGUCGUCGGCGGCGGCUGCACGGACACCUGGAAGGGCUUCUCUCUCGAGGCCUUCGUCGACCUCUGGGAAUUCACGAAGCUCUCCGCCGCCUCCGGCGUCAUGCUCUGCUUGGAGAAUUGGUACUACAGAAUCUUGGUCGUAUUGACGGGGAAUCUUAAGAACGCCAAGAUCGCCGUCGACGCAAUCUCGAUUUGCAUGAACAUAAAUGGCUGGGAGAUGAUGAUUCCUCUGGGAUUUUUUGCCGGAACUGGAGUGCGAGUGGCCAAUGAGCUCGGGGCGGGCAAUGGUAGAGCUGCGAAGUUCGCGACCGUUGUAUCGGUUACGACCUCGUCGGUGAUCGGUCUCUUCUUUUGGGUCCUCAUCAUGUCCCUCCAUGACAAAUUCGCCCUCAUCUUCACCUCGAGCCCGAUCGUGAUCGAAGCUGUGGACAAGCUCUCUGUGAUAUUGGCAGCCACCAUUUUGCUCAACAGCAUCCAACCAGUUCUCUCAGGCUCUGAGAGCAAGCUCAAGAAUGAAGAAGUAUAGCAGCAAGCAACAGCUCGAGUAAGCCAUGAAUUCAAUGUUGUCAUCUCCCUAAAGUGGAAGAAAUUAAUGUUGAAUCAUUAAUCUAUAUUGUUAAAUUUAUAUAUGAAAUAAUAUGUUUGAUUAAGUUCAAUUAAAAGUGAUCGAGUAAAAUUUUAA